AUGUUUAUAGCACGAUCAGAAUACGACCGAGGGAUCAACACCUUCUCACCAGAAGGCCGUCUCUUCCAGGUUGAAUACUCAUUAGAGGCCAUCAAGCUCGGGUCAACAGCUAUUGGUGUUGCAACAUCACAUGGCGUCCUCCUCGGUGUCGAAAAGCGCGUCACAUCUCCCUUACUCGUCUCCUCCAGCAUAGAAAAGAUUGUGGAAAUCGACAGACACGUUGGCUGUGCCAUGUCAGGUCUUCAGGCGGACGCACGAAGUAUGAUCGAGCAUGCUCGUGUGGAGUCACAAAAUCAUGCCUUCAACUUCAACGAAAAGCUCGGUGUCGAGAGCUGUACGCAAGCCAUCUGCGAUUUGGCCUUGAGGUUCGGUGAAGGAGCCCAGGGAGAAGAGUCGAUCAUGAGUCGUCCAUUUGGUGUUGCCCUGUUGAUUGCAGGCUGGGAUGAGGACCAAGGGCCCCAACUGUACCAUGCGGAACCCUCGGGCACGUUCUACCGAUACGACGCAAAGGCCAUCGGAUCCGGCAGCGAGGGCGCGCAAGCGGAGCUACAAUCAGAAUACCACCGAUCCCUGACUUUGGAAGAGGCUGAGACCCUCGUUUUAAAAACAUUGAAGCAGGUUAUGGAAGAGAAGCUGGAUGCGAAGAACGUACAACUGGCGAGUGUCACUCGUGAGAACGGAUUUCGAAUCUACACCGACGACGAAAUGAGCACUGUGGUUGCCAGACUUGAGGGAGAUUAG